CUGACUUGUAAUAUGCUGACAGUUGAUUGUGUUUGCAAAAUUUUGUAGAUGGUUCUCAAUGGUGAACCACGCCGGGCAAGGCAAGUAGUAAAGGUUCUCAACAGCGAUGGGAAGGUUAUUGCAUAUGCAAAGCCUCGAUACCCAAUGGUAAAAGGAAGCGAUACAUCUACUGCUGAAUCAGGGUCAGAAGCUGAAGAUAUAGCUUCUCCAAAAGCAAGGAAGAGCUAUUCGAACCUUAGGUUGACCCCUGUUCGUGAGGAAGCUAAGGUGGUAGGAAAGACAAGCUUUGCUAAUAACUUGUCCGGGUAUGAUGAAUACGUUCCAAUGUUAGACAAACCUGUUGAUGCUGAAUGGAAGAGGCAGGUAUCUCUACAGAGGACUUAUACCUUUAAAGGUUGGUGACUUCUUGGCAUUUAU